UUUCUGGCGACGAAAUUGCUGGCCUCGGGAAGAUGGUAGCCAUUGCCAUUGCUUCUCCUAAAUCUUCAGUUUUGCAGAAUCCCAUUUAUUUCAAUGAAUCAAGUUCGAAUUUCCUUGGUGGUUCUUCGAAGGGUCUUUGUUUACAUCUAAAACCAACACAACACCGAAGGAAUUUCACAAAUUUGAUUGUGGCUUCAGCUGGCACCAGCACCGCCGUCACAACACAAAAUAGCGGAAACCCAAGUGGCAGAUUUUACUUCAAUUUCACUGGGUUUCCUUUCCCUUUGGGUCCUUUCCUCAAUAGGCGCACUAUAAGGACGGAGGCCGUGAAGGGAUGCAUAUGGCUGUUUGAACAAGAGCAAGCCUUGGGCUUCAGCAGUGUUUCAACAAACAUUAGGAUGACUGUUAUCAAACUCAAAUCUGGAGGCUUAUGGGUGCAUGCACCGAUUGCUCCAACUGAUGAAUGUAUUAAGGUUUCAUUUUCUUCACCAGCUCUCCUUACUUUGGAUAUGAAAACGUAUAAUAGCUUUUGCGACUGCAAAUGCAUGUACAUGCCAAUUCUGCUCUUCAUUUUUCUGGCUUCUAAAGAGUUGGGGGCUCCCGUGGAAUAUAUUGUUCUCCCUACUUUUGCUUAUGAGCAUAAAAUAUUUGUUGGUCCAUUUUCUAGAAAGUUUCCACGUGCUCAAGUGUGGGUGGCACCAAGGCAAUGGAGUUGGCCAUUGAACUUGCCACUUGAAUUUUUUGGGAUUUUUCGUUCUAAGACAUUGAAAGAUGACGAUUCAUCUACCCCCUGGGCUGAUGAAAUAGAGCACAAAAUUCUAAGCUCCCCAGAAGUUGGAAUUGGUCCGUAUGUGGAGGUAGCUUUCUACCAUAAGCGUUCAAGAACGCUAUUGGUGACGGAUGCUGUUAUUUUUGUCCCCAGACAGCCACCAGAGUGUAUAAGCAAAGAAUCGCUGUUGGCAUCCGCAAAAAAUGGUUUGGCAGUAAAAAUUCUUAGUAAAGGAAAGGAAGUUCCUGACGAACCAGUUAUUGACAACAAAAGGAACCGUCAAAAAGGAUGGGAAAGAAUGGUUCUACAAAUCUUGUUUCUUGGUCCAUCGAAUCUCUUAGAGCCAAAUGCUAGCUUUGAACAGAUGUCACAGAAGUUGAUUGUUUCGCCUAUUGUGAAGACACUGGUAUUCAGCAAAGUUCCGGAAAAGGUAAGUGACUGGGUUUAUAGCAUUUCUCGGGAUUGGAGGUUCAAGAGAAUAAUCCCUGCCCAUUUUGCUGCUCCAAUAAAUGCGAGUAGCUCUGAUUUCCGGGCAGCAUUCGCAUUUCUGGAUGAGCUUCUGGGCGAGCGAUUUGUUAGUGAGCUUUCGCUCUCUUUCAUAUUCUCAUCGAUCAUGGGAAAAGCUGCUAGCUAUUUUCCUCCAGAUGACAUGAGGACCUUAUCAUCUUUAGACCAGUUCUUAGUUUCAGUCGGAGCUGUAAAGAAAACUGUCUCGGGCAGGAAGCAGUGAGACAGAAUAGAACAACUUGUCCUGGUCACACUUUAAAAUAUGUACAUAUUUGUUAAAGUAGGAACCUUCUCAGGAAGAUUUUGAUGUCUUACAUUUGAAUAGGAAAAAUGUUGUAAAAUCCAGGAACGAAUGGUUCCAAUAUCUGCAUGAUAUCUGAACUUCAUAUAGGACAAAACUUAAGCUUGAAGUUUCUUCAAUGUUUUUCCAAAGCAAAAAUCGCUAGCAGAAUUAUGUUCAA